CGAAUGUGCACGAAAAUCAUUCUGAAUUGGAGCAGACAGAUUAUUUCUCUGACAAAUGAUCCAUGCCGAUGCGGCUACUGUAUGCUGCACGAACCAUACUGUAUCUGAUACUGCAGCCUCCGUUACUGCAGAAUUGCAGUAAACUAAAACAACCUAUUGAACCGGAAAUGGAUGUGGUUGUCAUCCUUCAAGGAUAGGAUUCCGCACUGCUCACUUGUGCAGAUUGAGAUUGAAGAGGUGCAUGUGUCACAAAGUUGCAGCAAACUUACGUGGGGUCAAAAUAUUUCCCGGUAGAAAAUUACGAUUAUGCUCGAAUUUUUUCCAUUGAUUUACAGUGUCAAGGUAUGAUUUGCCAUAGGACAAAUCUUUUAUAAAUCAAAAAAAGCGGGAUCUGGUGACUGGUUUGAAUCACUGUUCGCUCUUUUUUAUCAUGUUUUCCACGGCUAGGAGAAACGAUAUGCCCUGUGAAGGCUGUCGUGAACGGAAAAAGAAAUGCGAUCGUACUCAACCUUGCAAACGGUGCCAACGCUUGAACAUUCGAUGUUUUUACGCACAGCCGACAAAACCUCCCGAUCUCGAUUACCAGGAGAUUCUGGAUAAUCACCAUUUGCAAAUGCAGAUCUUGGAUCUUGAAAACACCAUGAGCCUGCUGAAAGAAGAUAUGAAAUCAAUGGAAAAACGCAUCUCGUCAACAACCAGUAUGCCAACGGGAAUCCCGACAACCGAACAUCAGGCUUAUAACGACAACAAUGAAUCACCGAGUUGGCGAUUGACCAUUACGAAGAAUAGUAAUGGAAUGAUGCGAUUAGACACCAAUAUACAUUCGUAUAUGGAUCUGCUGCGAUACUUGCAUCGAUGUGUAUACCCCAGCCCUAUAGCUAACCCAUCAUCAACACCCGGAGGAGUGCCUACUGUGCUGUCAUUUCGACUACCAUGGAGGUUCUUGCGAUGUGGCUCUUUCAAGGCAACCCUGCGAUGCAUCACUCACAAGGAGGAAACAUCCAGCGUCAACUCCAUGGCGAUACGCACCGACACCGAAACUACCCUUCGACUUAUCGACGCCUACUUUAGGUGCCAAUUCUACCGUUUAGUUUCACUUCACAAACGAACGUUUUACACCUUGUUUGUCGACUCAUUCGAUCCUAACGCUUCUCCGGUAGUGUGUGGGCUAUGCGCUGCGGUCCUCACCAUGCGAUGUCGUCACACACUAUCUAUCGUACCUUAUCAACAUCAAAUGCGCGUGGCCGAAUUUUACUUUGCAAGAACCCGAUCCCUUGUCGCUUCCCGUUUCGAUGAAACCAGUUUGGAAAUCAUGCUGAGCUAUGUCAUGAUGGCAACGUAUAGUGCAAACAUGCUUCGACCCGUCGAAGCUAGGACGUAUUUAGACAUGGCCGUUCGCUUGAAGCAUAUUCUCGAAGACGCAGUGAUCUCAGAGGAAGAACUGGAAACUUUCAAACGAUCGCAUUGGGGUAUGCUGGACGUGGUUAUGUUCCUUGAAUUUGUGGAAAACAAACGAGGCAUGCCUGUCCCUCAGUUGCAGCACCUCCGACGACUGACCCACAUAACCGACGUAGCCAAACAAAAACUAUUCGCACGACGAUCACCCAGAUAUUAUAUACCCACACGCCAAAACGACGAAUCCAUCAAAACACAUCGAGCUAUUUUGAAAGACGUCUAUGCUACCCAGCUUCAUCGGAACAUGCAACGUUAUUUGCAUACAGUACGAUCGGCGGAUGUAGAUGUGCUCCCUUUGUCUUUGCUGCUAUCUACUGAGAAAUCACUCAAAGACUGUUACUACAAAACCGUGCCGGAAGAACUACGUUUGCCUCACAGUAUAUUUGAGGAGGGGUUGCCUGAGAGUGAAUUUUGGAGACGAUUAGAAAGCUGCAAGAACUGCGACAUGGCUUCUAUCCACAUGAUGAUCCGAUACCAGCAAUGCCUUAUUAGCUUAUACGAACCGUUUCUGCCCUACCUCUCGCAUCAGGAUUUGAAAAAUCGACCUCCUUUCUCUUUUCUGCAAGAAGGCAUUGACGACGAUCCAUUGCAUGCCACUCCACCUAUCUCUCCCUUAUCAACACCAGUCCACUCUCGGUCUGCGACACCGAAAUCGCCAGGUGAAGAAACACAACCGUCCAUGAUUGGUAUACGAGCACAGGAAAUUUGUCAUCGAUCGGCGAUAUUUAUUGUGCGGCUUUGGGAGUACCAGGUGAUGAAGAUCGACCAAUGCCGUAUCGUGCUCCCGUGUCUACUCAGCGCUUGGGAUAUUCAUCUGCGAAAUGCUUUCGCGUCUCCAAUCGGCCCUGAGACCAACGGUGUGGUAUCCCCGUCGAUGAUUGAGACUGCUCGUGAAUAUGCUUUGCGUUGCGUGAAUGUUUUGCAGAAGGGAUACCUCUACAAUUCAGCGGAACACAAUCUAUGGGAAUACUAUGAACGUAUUGCUAAUGAAUUACGAAACGCUAGCGGGGAUACGCCACCACACAUGCCCAGUUAUUGGACGCCUGCACCAUCCGCCGAUUGCGAUUGUUGAGAAAGCUUCCACUCUCGUGAUUAUAUAAUUACAGCCGUAUUAUACCUUAUAUUGUAUCUAACCACUCCAUUCACUUUAUUUCUCCCUCUAUUUCAGUUGUAUAGUUAUUUUGAGCCUUCCUUUCUCAUUUAAAAAUUUCCCCACUCAUACAGUACUCUCCACCGUCAUCUAUCUAUCUAAGUAAUCAAAUUAUAAUGCAAAAAAU